GUCAAGAAGAUGGCUACUGCAGGAAGAGAAGUCGAUGUCAAUUGUACGCCAUUAGAUAUUAUUAAUUUAAAUGAAGUUAUUACUACACUGGAAAAGAAUGAGUUUCCAGAGCACAGAUGGGUCGAGCUAGGCCUUAAACUACACAUCAGUCAAGCAAAACUUGAUUCAGUUGGAGCUGAUAAUCCUCUGAAUGUAAAAGCAUGUCUCAGAGGUUGUCUAGCUCACUGGUUGAGGCAAAGUUAUGAUGUUGAUAAGUAUGGUAAACCUACAAUAGAGCUAUUGGCAACUGCUGUUAGAGAAAUGGAGUUGAGGGCUGUAGUUUCUAGGAUCAAACAAGGAAGCACUCGAUCACAAAUACAAUCACCAAAGGAAAUUAAGCAUAUCAUUGAAGUAUAUUCAUCUAGUCGUAUUAAAAAUCUGAAUGGAGAGUUUGCAUUGUUUAAGACCCAUUUACUAAGGCGACUUUCGAAACAUAUAAGUAAUGGUAAAAUAGAGCUUAUUGAUAUUGCCCGAUUUGUUGGAGAGAUAACAAAGGUCGAUGGUCUGGCAUAUGUGUUUUCUAUUGAUCAUUUGUUUGAUUCAAUUAAUGAACACUACUCUUAUCUCAAUUGUGAUCACAUAGAAACCAUUGUCGAAUAUUUUCUAACUGAUGAAGAUCAGGACUUGAAGGAUAGAAUGGAAUCAUAUUCAAAGAAUUUUGAAAAUUUUAAAACAAGCAUAAAGCUACAGCAUCUUAAAAAUGCAUUAGAUAAUGAUCAUGGCUGGUCCAAUGGCACUUCUUCAUCAUUACCAGCUGUCCAGUUCACCUCCUCUCAGUGCACUGGUGGAGCUGCUAGCAGUAUCACUGAUUGUGCUAGUUUUGAGUCCAUUACUUAUUGUCCUACACAUCAAUACAGUGCAGUACUCUGCAGCAAUCCAGAUGUUACUGCAGCUGCUAAUGGAGAUACUGCUUUAUUUAGUUUCCUGUCAGCUAGUAAUUUAGGAUUACUGCUAAUCUAUUACAAUGGUAGUUAUGGUACUGUCUGUGAUGAUGAAUUCUCAAUGAAUGAAGUUCAAGUGUUGU